AAAUACUCUCGCAGUUCUUGGGUCCUAGGGAAGGAGAGGAGAAAGACCCUGUAGGAGACAGGGAAAGAGUAUCAGAAUAACAGAAUAAACAAUAGUGGGAAAGAAAGAACCAGAAAGAUAAGAAAAUCAAAGAAAUGGAGGGCAAAGAGAUAAAAAGAACAAGAGAGAAGAGAGAGGGGGAAACAGAUCUAUCACAGGGCCGCGGCCAUAUCAAAGUGAGCAGAAAUACGAACAGUUUGGUGUCUGGUAAGAAAGGAUAGAGAGGACUGUAAGCCACUUUAGCCAUUCCCGAAACGUGUAUAGGGCUUUCCCUUUUAUCACAAGUUCAACCCAAGAAGUAUUUAUAUGCCAUGCACUUCGAUACAUAUUAGGGACACAAAAAUAGAAAAAAAAUCAUUGAUGUCUUUAUAAGCAGUUUGUUCUAGUCAGAGUUUCUAUUGCUGUGAUGAGAAAAAAAUCAUGAUCAAAGUAAGUUGGGAUGAAAAGGGUUUAUUUGGCUUACAUUCCAUAUAUCUAUCAUUUUUAGGAAGUUGGGACAGGAACUCACACAGGGCAAGAACCAGGAGGCCUUAAGGUUGAUUGCCUUAUUUUGUGACACAAUUAAAGGUUUCUUGAAUUAUAUUUAUUAGUGAUUUUAAAAUACAAUUGUUAAGGUCUACGCUUAACAUUUUGAUGUCUGCUUCAACUCAGUGUUUUGCCAGGGGCCUUAUAUAUUUGCAGGUACAAAUGCAGCAUGUAUCUAGGAGAAUUUCGGAUUUACUCUUCGUUUUUGUGUAAAUGUGGAUUUUCUCUGCUUCUCUCUGUCUGGCAUGGAAUAGAAGUCUGUUUGACCUCACUCACCUAUCCAAACCAGCUUUGUAAGGUAGACAUGACAAAGGAAGGAGGUUAAGGAAUGUCUCUGGUCCAUUUCUAAUCUAUGACAUCGCCUGAGACCCAUGUCCUGUCCGCAGCUAGGAUAUUAAUGAGAUAGAGCCUACCACCCUAGUCACAGCCUGCUGCUUCCAGUUAGAAACACCUUUCCCAGAAUUCAUCUCUGCCCAUUCCUUUCCUAGCAUUCACAGAACUAGAUCAUAAGCCAUUGCCAUGAGAAAUUCUGAGUUGAGUGAGAGAAAAUCGUUUCCUAGGAUAUCCAUCCACUCGUUGGAAUAAUUAGAAACAGAACAAAUUAUACUUACUUUAAUAAAUUCUCUCAUAUGAGAAGAGUUUGCUCAUUCAUUCAUUCAUUUGUUCAUUCAUUCAUUUUCAUUUGUUCCUUGGCCAAACUGGCACCUGGUAACAAAUUAUAAUAAUUUAAAGAAAGAAAAUCCAUCCAGGUCUCCAUGGAGACAGAUGCUGUUCUCGUCUCCAUGGCAAUAUCUAGUUAGGGACUCAGAUUGAUUUUACGAAUUUGUAAUUUUAAUUGUUUUUCUUUCUUGUCUCAGCCAUAGACUAAAGACCUUGAGUGUUACACUUUCCCCGUGCCAUCCUCCUAUCUCAUAAGAAGAAGGGGGUAAAAAAAAGGAAAAAAGAAAGGGAAAGUGGGAGUUAAAUGUAAUCACUGUGGGGGCAGAGAACUUCAUUGUUUUAAAGAUUUUUACGAAAGCUAAUUUGGACACGGAUAGUACACUAGAGGUAAAGGGGAAAAGUGAUAUUUCUGCGAGACUCUCAGAUCUCUGCAUGGCUGUGUUACCCAAGCAGGGAGUGCAUGUGUAUUUAAGGCCUUCCUCUGGAGAUGGAGAGCCAUUCCAAGGCACAGGCCUAAGUUUGUGUCCUCAAAUAGAAAACAGAGGGGGUCUGGAUAAUUUGAUGUGUCACUCUUAAGGUGUUUAAUAAUGAUUUUUGUGGAUGCUGGCCUAAGUGUUUAGAGCCCUCAUAUCUCUGAGGGCCCAACUGCAGUUAUGUAAAGGUCUACUGGCCAGCAGUCUCCCCACCCUACCCCCACUGUACGUCCAUUACAUCCUAGGAUAAAGAGACAGAGGCAAAGCCCUUCCUAACCACAUGCUCCAGCUUGCGUGUCACUGAAAUUCAUGAGGACUUCCUCUUUUUUUCAUGCCUUCAACUUUAACCUAGCAACUCAAGAGGAAUCUUAUUAACCCUUUACUACACAUUUGGAAAAGACUCAGUUGUCUGAUUUCUAUACAUGAAGCAUAUAGUUUGAAUUCAAGACAGGAAGUAUUAAAGGUGGCUUUUUUUUUUUUUUUUUGUCACUAUCACAGAGUGAGAAGACCAGGCCCUGGGGUACGUGAUAAGAACACAGUGAGAGAGGAGUAAAUGCUUAUCACAUAAAUGAACAAGUGUUCACUGGAGAAGACUAAUCGGAUUAUGGGUUUAAGCCAAUAGGCAGUCUUUAUAAGCCAGCCAGUACUAUUGUGGGUGUGCAGAACCCAAAGUGCAGUCUGAAUCCUUUUGUAUGGUGAGCUUUUAAGUACAAAAUCCACAUCUUAGGUUAACACAUCUCAGUUGGUAAGAACAGUUAGUCAGAAGCGAAACUAUAGAAACCUAAAAAAGCAGGGUUAGUGCGUUUGGAAACUUUCUCAGAACUGUGGGCUUGGAUGGAUUAGGUCUUAGUUCUCAUUUUGGCCUGUGUUGCCUCCUACGUGCUACCAAGACGUGACUUGAACUUCUAUCAUGGCUUCAGCUGUACUAAGGUCUGGGGAUCUGUUACAGAAGGAGCAGGUAGGGAUGAGACAGGCGGAAACCCAAAAGACACAGAGUGCUGGAGCUGUGGCGGUUUGAAUAUGGAUGAACCCUAUAGGCUUAUAUAUUUGCGUGUUUAGUUCCCACAACUGUUUGGAAAGGACUAGGAAGUAUGGCUUUGUUGAAAAAGGGGUGUCACUGGGGGUGGGUCUUAAGGUUUCAAAAGCCCACACAAGGCCCAGUCCACUCUCUUUGCUGCGUGCUUAUGGACAGGAUGGAAGCUCUUAGCUACUGUUUCAGUGCCAGGCCUGCCUGCCUGCCUGCCGCCAUGUUUCCUGCCAUGACGGUCAUAGACUCACCUUCUGAAAGUGUGAGCAAGCCCCCAAUUAAAUGCUUGCUUUUCUAAGUUGCCUUGGUCAUUGCUUGGUUUGCCUUCACAACAACAGAAGAGUAACUAACACAAGCAAUAUCUCGUUGCUGUAGCUUUUCACGCAUACUUCUAAAAAUUCCAAUUUAAAAAAGUCUCCAGAAUAUUGUUCUUCCUGGAAUAAAGAAUAACAGCCAAAUUUUCAGUAAAUAUGUCCUGCUUACUGUUAUUACUUAAGACUCUUGAGUCAGAUCUUUUCCUAAGAUCCUAAGAGCUAUACUAUAACACAAGUCCUUAAUAAAACUAGUGUUGACUUUCAUAGCUAAUCUAGUUCAACAGGGUAAGAUUAAAACAUGCUGGUUGCUUUCUGUGUAAGUGAAUUUAGAAGAACACAACGUGCGAUUAAUCAUCUAAUUAUGAUUUAAUCUAGAAUGAGCUAUGAAGAAUGCCUCAGACGAGGCUUGCCUGUGAGGGCUUUUCCAGAGAGGUUUAAGUGGGGAAGACAUGCCCUGACUCCUCUUAGCAACACCAUCCCACAGGCCAGGCGCUGAAUACAAAUGAACUGAGUGACAUGCCGACACCCCCUUCUCUGUCUUUUGAUUGUUGCGCCAUGACUAGGUGUCCCAGUGCUUGCGGCCAUGCCUCCCCUGCCAUGAUGGACUGUGUCUUUUGAUGGUAGAUGCCAAAAUAAAUCCUCCCUCCUGUAAGUUGCCUUUUGUCAGAUCUUUGGGCCCGUAGGAUAGUAAGUAACGCAUUGGAGGGGAAUUUAAAAACGUCUGCACUUGUGCAAAUCUUUACUGUACAUGACGUGCCAUCAGUGACUGGUGGAUCCCAAGGGGAUUUUGAGUUAAGGCAGGGACAAGUACUUCUACUCUAAAGAGCUAUUUUUAUUUCUUAUAAUUCUUCAAAUUAUAAUGUCGCAUGUGCAUUUAUUACAGUGUAAAGUAGAUUGAGGACAUGGAAAUGUAUUCACUAUCUAGUGGGUAGUAAAACCCAGCAUUUGCAUACUGGUGGGUAGGGUGGUGCACGCCUGCAGUCCCGGCACCUGGCAUUCUGAGGUGGGAAGAUGGCUAUGAGUUCAUGGUCUCUCUGGGCUACAUAUAGAGAUGAACAUGUUUCAAAAAAGAAAGUAAAAAUUUGCAUAUGAUCCAAAUGCAUAUAAUAAGAUUUAUUUUCUACAACUGAUCCCCAUAACGUUUUAACCGUUGGCUACUUCAGAAGAAUUUGAACAUGCCAGUUGAAGUUUUUCUCUACCUUUCUAACUUUAAAUGGCUUGUUUUAGAUUAAAAUAGGCAACUUUGGAACAGUCCCACUGUGUCUAGGUCCUUCUUCCUCCACAUUCUCUUUUCUCCAGAUCCACGUGUGUCUAUCAUGAGACCAGGGUUAUUUGAUGGUCAAUAGUGCAGGUGAGUUUGCCUUCCAGAAUUGUGUAGACCUCCUUGUCCAGAUUCUUAUUCUUUUUUUUUUUUGGUUCUUUUUUUUUCCGGAGCUGGGGACCGAACCCAGGGCCUUGCGCUUCCUAGGUAAGCGCUCUACCACUGAGCUAAAUCCCCAGCCCCUCAGAUUCUUAUUCUUGUCUCACUACUUGGCCUGCUGUUGGUGGUGAAUUUGUUCUUUUUUGAACACGUGCUUGCAGAUUUAUUUCCAACCUGGCUUUUCCUAUACCUGAUGGCUCAUCCUUUCCAGCCUCUGAUUUAGACUUAUCGUUCCACAGUCACUGGUGGGAUACACUGUCCCUCAAUGUGGUUCUCUGUAGCUCUCUGAUAGCUCAUUCCACCUGAGUGCGCUGAAUGUGCCCCAUUGUGUCAGCUUUUCUUAUCAUGGUCACCAAAUGUGACAGAUGGAAAUUAAGGAAAGAAGGAUCUAUUUUGGUCAUAAUGGUUCAGAAUGUUUGCCCUGGCGACUGCGGAUUUGAGCUUGAGGCACAGUUUGUAUACAUUUGAUGAAGCCCAUGCCCACCAGGCACACAAUGAUGUACUUCCUCCAGCCUUGUCUCACCUAAAGUUCCCACAACUUCCUACAGCUUCAGCAGCUGGGGACCACCUACUCAAAAACCACAAGUCCCUGGGAGACAUUUCACAUUCAAGCUAUAACAUUUGCCCAGGAUAGCGCCCUCCUGUUGGCCUACCUACAACACAGCCUCUUAUCCAAUUCUGUCAUGCUCUUCUUUGAAAGGCAAAAUGUAAGAUCACUCUACCUGAGAACUUCCAGCUUAAAGAAAUUAGUUUUUAUUUCUCAACAAUGGUGGCUUUUAAGUAUCUCACUCAGGACUAAAUUUUUUUUUUUCAGAAAUCAAUCAGCAAUGCCUUGUUGCUUGUCGUACUUUUUGGAAAAUAAUCCAAUUUGUUGCAAGGCAGAUGUAGAGGCCUCCAACCCAUCAGAGUAGAGGUUAUUUUAAUGGAAACCCAGCAAUGUUUGAAGACCAGUGCCUGGCAAUACAAGGUCUUUAUAAGAAAGUUUUAACGGUGUAAUGUUUGGGUGGUGCUGGAGAUGUUACAGUGCCAUGUGAAGUAAGCCGGACUCAAAAAAUUAAUUUUGCCCAAUCUCACCUUUGUGGAACACCCUUAAUAAUAAAGAAUUAGAAACAGGGAGGAGAUCUGUGGGAAGGGAAGGAAUGUCCAGAGAAAGAGAUGGGGAUACAAUGUGACCAAAUCACAUGACAUACAGGGAUGAAAAUACCACGAUCAAAAUCCAUUACUUUGUACAACACAUGCCUACUAAUUAAGCAAAUGAAACACUCAUGCUUUAGAGCCUUUUAUUUAAAGUAUCCAUGAGACUAAAGAUAUUUGGUGCCUAUGGCAACAAAAUAUGUAUUCCAGAUAGUUUGGCCUCUCUUUUUUUCCACCUUGCUACGUCUAGGAUGUGUAUUGUUUUUAUAGUAAGAACAGAGUCAAAGCCUUUUCUCUAGAGCUUUCCCUGAGAAGCACCCAUUCUCUAAGUGAUCAGAAUGUAGGCCUGAUGCUUAAUCUCUUUCAGAAUCCAACUCACUCUAAAUGGCUUAUUAUGAAGCUUUAAAAAUAUCUUUUUAAUUGCUAGCUUUUGCUGCGUAAGAACCAUGAUGCACAUUCAUUCUGCUCGGCCCCCUUCCAUUCUUGUCUCUGCCGCCACAGGAGCUCCCACACCACAGCUAUUUUAAAUCGAGUCUACACUCUCAUUCCUCAACAGACUCAUGCUGCCUCCGAUUGCUUUUUGAAUGAAGCAGUUUGGGGAGUGAAACGCUUUUCUUCCUUUCUUUUUUUUUUUUUUCUUUUUAAAAUAAAAUCCAGGAGGCUCUGCCUUCCUCAUCCUGACUCCUGUCUCCCAUCCUCUCUUUGAUGGAAUUCCAAUCAAAUCCUUUCUUGAAAAGCUAACGGCUAUGGAACUUUGAAGGUACCACCUGCAUGAAAGUCUGCUUUGUUUCCCUGGCAUUUGUGAAAACAACAGUUUUGUGGGAAAGAUCGCUAUGGUUUCAAUGUGAAAUUUUCUGCCCAGCCUUAAGCACCGAAGUUUAAGCACUCACUUCCCAGCAGCUGGUGCUAUUUGGGGGAGGUUUCUGUCAUUCCAGGUAAGGCUUAGCUGGAGGAAGUGGGUCCCGGUGGCUGGCCCUUGGGGGAUAUCUUGUCUCUGUCCCCAACUGUCUCCCUCUGUUUCUUGUUGACAAUUAGGUGAAGAAGCCCCUUUACACAUGGGCUCUUCUGUCAUAGUGUCUUGCCUGAGCAUGUGGGUAAAGAAACCACAGACUGGAGCCUGUGGAACUGUGAGCAGAACAUACAAUCCCUCUUCCUUGAGUUGUUUCUGUCAUUGAUUCUAAUAUAAGAGCAAAAAACCAAUGACAAAGCCUUGUACCAUGUGCAUACACUUGAAAUUCUAAAGAUGAUUGCUAUGUGGGGAGACCUCUACCUCCAGUCAAUUUCCUAUCCUUGUGACAUCCUAGCUGAGCUGACUGCGACACCCACCAGGGCCUCUUCCUCCUCAUUGUACUGAUAUAAUCUUUCAGAGUCUGAUGAGUGCCUAGAUCCAUGGUUCCCAACCUGUGGAUCUCAACCCCUUUGGGGUCAAAUGACCCUUCCACUGGGGUCACAUAGCAGAUAUCCUACACGUCAGAUAUUUACAUUAUAAUUCACAACAGUAGCAAAAUUACAGUUAGCAAGUAGCAAUGGAAUAAUUUUAUGAUUGGAGGAAUCACCACAACAUGAACUGUAUUAAAGGGGCGCAAGCCUUAGGAAGGGAGAUGGAGAUAUUCGGGUAGAGGAAGGCGUGAAAAGAAUGUGGCGCUUAGUGACUGUUUGAUACUAGGAGCUUUAGGCUAUGGACACACACACACACACACACACACACACACACACACACACACACACACACCAAAGUCCAGGCUGACUUUUGAGACAUAGUCUCACUACGGAGCUCUAGCUGUCUUGAAAUUCACUUUGCAGACCAGGCUAGACUUGAACACAGAGGUCUGUUUGCCUCUGACUUCCGUGUGCUGAGAUCAAAGGCACCUUUCUUUCUCCCUUCCUUUCUUUCUUUCUUUCUUUCUUUCUUUCUUUCUUUCUUUCUUUCUUUCUUUCUUUCUUCCUUCCUUCCUUCCUUCCGUGUGCUGAGAUCAAAGGCACCUUUCUCUCUCUCUCUCUCUCUCUCUCUCUCUCUCUCUCUCCUUCCUUCCUUCUUUCCUUCCUUCCUUUCCUUUCUUCCUUCCUUCCUCUCUCUCUCUCUCUCUCUCUCUCUCUCUCUCUCUCUCUCUCUCUCUCUUCAGCACUAGAGCUACUGUUAGAAAGAUACCUCUGCAAGUCCCUCCUCCUGGGCACCACUUCCCGUGCUCGGUCAGAUCCCUUUUGGUUAGAAAUGGCAGAUAGUGUGCACUAGCUUAGGCAAGGUGAACGUAAUGACAUCAGUAUGGUUGGCUACUGGAUCUUAGGGACAGUGGGGACAAGAGGCACCAGUUCCUAACUCAUUUCUCUACUUUUUUAAAAACAAAACAAAACGUAUUGGUCCUUUGUGAAUUUUACAUCGUGCACCCCAAUUCCACUCAUUUUCCCCUCCCCUCACGUCCAUCCUCCACCCUGGGGACCUUCCCUCGACAGAGAAAAAACAUCUUGCUGUGGAAGCUGCAGUUCAUUGUCACAGUGUGUCCCACAGUCUGUCCUUUUGUCCACACUUUGUUGUUUACAAGUGUUCACUGCAGUGACUCAUCGGUCUGGUACGAGGCCUCUGGCUUCUGCUACUCUAUCAGUACUGGAUCCUCACUGGAACUCCUCUCAGACGUCCUGUUGUCACCCUGUGGCAUAGAGACCCUGGAGUUUUGGAUCUGUAGGACAAUCCCCUUCACGCGUUCUAGCAGUUUAUCCAUGGGGUAGACGACGGGGUGGGCCAAAUCAAAGCCCUGGACCGGGUCUGAGAUUUGAGCUGGUCAGCCCACAUGAUUUCCCACUCAUGCCCUCUGGGCUGGCUCACAUGCAACUUCUGCAACCAGGGCUGGCGCACUACCUGCUGCCAAGGCAAAGUGUGACGCACACUGUCCAAAUGAUGCAGCGCAUGAGGGACAGGGCCACUUCUCCCACUCUCACGACCCUGGUGCCAGCUCUGCCAUCUGCCAUACUUGGUGAGGGAGGAGAGAGGGGGAGGGCAUCUCUCCCUCAUUCAUGCUACUGCCCAGCAGACAAGGGGCAGGACCUGCUCUCCUGUGCUCAGGCCCUUGGAGGAGCUCACCUUCCACCCCCACAUCCAGCCCACUCUACUGUGCUGCCCAGGGGAGGUGCAGGGCCCGCUCUCCUGAGUUCUGCCUCUGAUGAUGCUGGUGACAGGCACCGUAACAGAGAAGCCUUCCCCAAAGAUUAUGAUAUGGAGGAUCCCAAGGUGGCGACAAACCUGUGUAAAUCAACAUAUCAUCGACUUGGAACUGACAGUCCAAGAUGGGUAUCAGAAGCACAAGAGCAGAUGUCCCAAGUUUUGGUAAACAAGGACUUCCUGGAGAAGAAGAAAAAGGCCUUGGUACACGACGAGACAAUGUGCCUUGGGAUUUUGGAAAGUGACCCUCAAUUACUUCCCUCAGGCUUUCGAGAAGCUUCUAUGGAACCCCCACCAGAUCCGAGAAAACAAAAUGUGAGACACCGCCGGAACCUGAAAGAAACAGACCGGAUAAACAGUUCUCUGCACCCAAAUCCCGUGGGAGGGAGAGCUAAACCUUCAGAGAGGCAGACAAGCCUGGGAAACCAGAAGAGACUGCUCCCUGCACACACAUCUCGGACGCCAGAGGAAAAAGCCAAAGACCAUCUGGAACCCUGGUGCACUGAAGCUCCCGGAAGGGGCGGCACAGGUCUUCCUGGUUGCUGCCGCUGCAGAGAGCCCGUGGGGAGCACCCCACGAGCGAACCUGAGCCUCGGGACCACAGGUAAGACCAAAUUUUCUGCUGCAAGAAAGCUGCCUGGUGAGCUUGGGACACAGGAAAGCAGAAUUUCUCUAGGACCGGGCACGUUCUGUGUUUACCGGAAGUCCCACACCCGCGGAUCCCGGCCCGCAGCAGCUCUCUGCUCCCAGACCCGGUGAGAGAGAGAC